AUGGCUUUUUUUGAGUUCUUUUCUGUUGCGGCAGUACUUGCGCGUUUCUGUAAACUGGUAAAUUUCUUUUGUAAAAGGAAUUUUUCAGGUUCUAUUCCAUGGUUCUUUGUGUCUGAAAUCUUUGCCUCGAAUUCUCGUAGCAAUGCAAACUCGGUAGCUGUAAUGGUUAACUGGACAGCUAACUUGCUUGUUGGACUAUCGUUCCUUUCACUUAAUAAUGCCCUUGCCCAAUACUCGUUCCUCGUCUUCACCGCAUUACUAUCGUUCUUCAUCUUCUUCACAUGGCGAUUUGUACCCGAAACCAAAGGAAAGACCGUUGAAGAAAUCACAGCCACAUUUGACAAACGAAAGCGUUAA